UUAUAGAAGGAAAAUAUAGUAUAAUAGUUAAAUUACAUUUAUGAAGUUGUGGAAUUAGUCAUAGGUUAUCUUAUUUUUAAAUGAUUAAUUUUUGAAUUUAAAUUAAAUGAAAAAUAACAUAGUCAAAAAUAACAAUUUAUAUUUUUAAAAGCUAGAGCCAGCCAUAAAGUUGGAAAUGGGUUGACCAAUAUUGAUGUUUCCAAUAUACCUCAAAGAAUAUGCCAUUUCCAUAACCCUUUACAGUACUCUACCCCUUAUGCCCCUGAUUUUUGAUACAAUUACUCAUUUUGUCCAUUCUUUUCACCAAAUUUUGUUUUAAUUAUAAUAUCAAUAUCAUUUACAAAUACCCAUAAGAAUUUUUAUUUAAUGUAAUUAUUUUAUAUAUAAUAAUUUAAUUAUAAUUAUUAAAUAUGAUGAGAUUCACGUGAAACUCAUGUAAUCAACAUUUACAAUAAAUUCAUUAUACACACAUCAGUCUCCUUGUUCGUAGUGUUACAGUCGUAAAUAAGCUAAACGCAGAGCCCAUAAACUGAGAACCUUAGCAUCUCGUGCCAAGCACGCGAGGGUAGGGCCGGUUGGUGUUGUCCAAUAAAACCGGAAAAGGCCAGCAGCUCCACCGCGGCAAUUGGCAGCGAGGGACUUGGCAGAGAACGCCUAUUUCUCUUCCUUCAUUUCUCUCGCUCCUUUGCAAAAUCCCUCAUUUUCCUCUAUGGCUUUCUCCGAUUCUUCUCGUCAGUCUUUAAUCCCUAACUUCCUCUACUCUUCCUCUUCCUCUGCCAAAACCCUCGCCCUCUCCAAACUCCUCCAAUCUAACCCCACCCAGCCUUCCCUUUCGCCUUCGCCGUCACUCAUGAUGAAGACCGGCAGCUUCGUGAUCCCCGCUCCCAACGAGCCCGGGAAGAUCGAGAUGUACUCUCCGGCUUUCUACACUGCUUGUACUUUUGGAGGUAUUCUUAGCUGUGGACUUACUCACAUGGCCGUCACUCCUCUUGACCUUGUCAAGUGUAAUAUGCAGAUUGAUCCUGCAAAGUACAAAAGCAUCUCAUCUGGUUUUGGAGUUCUGCUCAAGGAGCAGGGUGUGAGAGGCUUCUUUAGGGGUUGGGUGCCCACCCUCCUUGGUUAUAGUGCUCAGGGAGCCUGCAAAUUUGGAUUCUAUGAGUUUUUCAAGAAAUACUAUUCUGACAUUGCCGGGCCAGAGUAUGCAGCCAAGUACAAGACUUUGAUUUACCUUGCUGGUUCUGCAUCUGCUGAGGUAAUUGCUGAUCUCGCUCUUUGCCCUUUUGAGGCAGUAAAGGUACGAGUUCAAACUCAGCCUGGUUUUGCUAGAGGCAUGGCAGAUGGACUUCCCAAAUUUGUCAAAUCUGAAGGUGCUCUAGGGUUGUACAAAGGUCUUGUUCCACUCUGGGGUCGUCAGAUUCCAUAUACAAUGAUGAAGUUUGCAUCUUUUGAAACCAUUGUUGAGCUGAUCUACAAGCAUGCCAUCCCCACACCAAAGGACCAGUGCAGCAAACCGCUACAGCUUGGCAUUAGUUUUGCUGGUGGAUAUAUAGCUGGUGUUUUCUGUGCAAUUGUAUCUCAUCCUGCUGAUAAUCUUGUCUCUUUCCUCAACAAUGCCAAAGGCGCGACUGUUGGUGAUGCUGUGAAGAAGCUAGGUUUAUGGGGUCUGUUUACCCGAGGACUACCUCUCCGUAUUGUCAUGAUUGGGACUCUUACUGGAGCCCAGUGGGGUAUCUAUGAUGCAUUCAAAGUUUUUGUGGGACUGCCAACCACUGGUGGUGCUGCUCCUGCUGCUGUCCCUGCUGUUGCUGCAACUGAGCUUGCAAAGGUUUAGUUUUGGAAAUUAGCAGAUAUAUUUUGGGUCGUUUUGUGGAAGAUGGGAAAACAAUAGGGAUAAUAAACGUAGGACAGCCAGUGGAGAUUAUUCUUAUACAUUCAGAAGUUGCAUCAAUUUUUGUAAUUUUUACAAAUAUUUAGUCUUUGGAGGGAUGGUUUUGGUUUCAUCCUUCUAUCAUGAAUUUGUUCACUAGUUAGAUCAUAUAUGAAAUUUUAUUUUGAUGUUAGGAUCACAAUAUCCCCCGUCAAGACGACCAAAAAUAAUGGGCAGCUGGGGGAAUAUAAUUUGUCCUGUCUACUUUCCUUGGAAUUUAUUUUGGCAUAUGAGAAUAUACAUGUUUCCUAUGCGAA